GCAGCUUGUCCUACUCAGGGGCGGCCACUCGCACAACUGGCAACAUGGCUGACGACGACGUGAACGAUCCUGUGGAACACGAGAUUGAUGUAUAUCUCUCAAAAAGUCUGGCAACAAAUCUCUACAUACUUCAGUAUCCACUUCGUCCAGCCUAUAUGUCUUAUGAACAUGUGGACUGCAUCAGUGCAAAAGUCAAACAUCAGCAAAAAAGGGUGGAGCUUGAACUAAGCCUCAGCACAUCUAGUCCUAACUACAGCAGCAGUAAAGGCGAACAGAUUGCUGUUAAUGUUGAUGGUGGACGUCGACAAGGAGAUGAGCAACCUUACUAUCCCAGUGGUAUGAUGGAUAGACAGAUCCUACGGUCAGCACCCUGUGCUACCAACACUCAGAGAUAUGCUGUCGGAGUUCUCAAGAAUGAUGAACUGCACUUGACUCCAGUACAUGCAGUGGUGCAGAUGCGUCCUUCGUUUGAUUACCUUGACAAAGCUGACAGCAGACACAUGAAAUCUGAUGCUGGAAACAGGGUUGGAGAUCCGGGUGAUUCAUCCCAGGAUGAGACAGAAGAGGAAGCCAAACCAGUCAUGGUGAAAUUUGCUCAGCAUGAGAGCGAAGAAGCAAAAGCAAGACGCAUGGCGUCUUAUGAAUAUGUGCAGAAGCAGCUUGAUGAUGAGCCUUGGUGCAAAGUGGAUUUUCAUAAUUUGCAUGAUGAUCGUGUAGAACCAGAGCUUCAUCUUCUAUAUUCCUUCACUUCUGAUGAGAAAAUCCAGCAGUUCCACUCAUUACCUGCAGAAUAUCUGUCAUUACUUGUGCCACCUGUUGUGGAUGAUAAGAGUAAUAAGCCAGCCAUGCCAGACAAUGUCCUGUCUUUCACACAGCUUCGCAGUCUGCCUUUGCAGGACCAAAUCCGGGCUCUUAUGACCAGUGUAAAGGUCAUGAGGUUUUCUCAGCUGAUGGAGCUGCUGCCAAAAGAUACAGAUUCAGAAGCUGCCCUUCGGGUGUUGCAGCAGGUGGCUGUCAUGGUGCAAGGAUGCUGGGUAGUGAAAAGUGAGAUCUUCUACCCUAAAGAUAGCUGCAGCCAAAACAGUGGCAUAUCAUUUGAGCACCUCCGCAAUGGCCGAGAUUUUAUUAUGUGGAAAUUCACACACAACAAGUAUGUGGUCCGCAAAGAAAUUUCAGGGCUUCCUUCUGAGGAUGUAAAAGAUAUUCUAGAGCAGAUGUCACGACUGAGGACCUCUCAUGGCUGGGAGUUUCAGUAUGACUAUGAUCGAGAAUUUGUUGAAAGACAUCCUGAUGUAACCCGUAGGCAGAGAGAGUUAUGGGACUUAAGAUUCCAGCAGCUGCAGAAAGUAUUUAAAGUACCACCUGAUGCCAGCAAACGUGCCAAAGAUGCUGAAAUGGUGCUCAUGAACCAGAAUGCUGAGAAGCCUCGGCGCCGCAGAGCCUUAUCCAAGUCAUCUUCACGAAAGCGUACACUAAGUGGUCGCUCCAUGUCAGAUCUUAGUGAUAUGGAAACUGACACAUCCACACAGGAAAAGAGAGACAAUUAUGAUGUUGCAUCUUUCUCUCGGGAGGGAAACUAUUCAAAAAGUGAGACCAUGGAACUGUAUUAUGACUCCAUGCAAAAUAAUGCCCAGGCCAAUGGACCAUUACUUAAUAACGGACACCAGUGUGGAGGCGUGAACAGUCACGGUGAUGGCAAAGAGCAAGACAUAGACAAUAUUGUGCAAGGUAGAGACAAUGCUUUACUUCAAAAAGAACUAGAGGGCUUUGCCUUGGAAGUGCUCAUGCAAAAGCAAGUAUUAAGCCUGAAGGAAACAAAGCGGCUAUUCUUCUUGCAUUUAUCUCAGCGUCCCCCAGGACAUAUUUUGGCAUCUGGUGUAUCAGACAAAAUGUUGGAGAUGGCUUUCGUGGCCGUUGGAGGAGCUAAGCUUAAUAACAAGUGGCCUCCUAAUGUCCAAGAAGAUGUAUUGUUUGCACUAGUUAAUACAGGAGAGAGAACUGACAAGGUUCGUCAGUUGCUAUUGUCAAUGUUCGAGUCAGCACAUCGCAUCAAAAGCACGGGUUUCAUUGCCAGACUAAAGGAACAGUAUGGUCAGGAGUUCUCUGAAGCCCAGGCAAAAAAAAUGUUGAAGGAUCUGUGUGAGUGGCAUGGAUCCAUGUGGUAUCUCAAGGGCACUGCAACUAACAGUUGACACAGGACUUUUUAAUUUGUUUGCUAUACCCAUGCAUCAGCCAAAGCACAGCUGUGAUCGCCAUUGACUUUCCCCGGAGCCAUGGGUGCGAACAUAAUUGCACGUGUCUGCAUGGGCAAUAUACAUGACUACCUUUUCUUUGGUCCAGUGUGUGCAAUUGUGGGUGUGAGUAGUUAUGCAUGUAUGCAUGCAAGUGACAACAUGCGUAUGGGGAUGUGUAGAAGUAGAAACAGUGGGUGAAGGUUGGCUUGACAAGUGCUGCUACAUAAGUGUAUGUCUUUUUAUUAAACAAUGCAAGCUAGGUUUGGAGUUCCGUGCACUUCAUCGUCUUAACUUCAUUCCUCUUAUGGCCACCUCUGUUUACCACCCUGUCCUCCAGAGCUAAAUCAAAAGGAAAAUCACUUGCUAGCUCCCUGCUUUGUAUCAUUUUUAUAGACUUCAGAAUUGCAAAAAUAAACUUUCAUGAAGCAAUGACAACCUGCGCAGCCAUGCCUUGCUGAAUGAAUGUUAAUGGCAUUUAGCACACACUGGUCUGUUAAUACAAUAGGUAAUCCAACAGGGUUUGGAGAUUCUCUUUGAUUUUUGUAAGUUGACAUUUGAUUUGCUAAGUAACAAAUUUGUUUGACCUCAAGCAGUUCACGAAAACUUGGGAAAGUUUAUUCAUCAAACACCUGUUCUGUUGUUGUGUAUUUGAUGUGUUCAGCAGCUAUCAUCAUCUGUUCUUGCUGAUCUAACUAUAAAGUAUUAAAAAAAAAAUAUUCAAAGCCUGCUGUGUUUUGUGACAGGGUACAUUAAAAUUUCUUUAGUGGUGUAUGUAGAUCCCUUACAAUAAUUUCCAGCUUAGGCCAGUGUGGAUAAAUCAAUGCUUUGAGGAAUGUCCAUUUUUAUAGAAAACCAUGAGAGGUGGAAUUCUUGUUGGUCCUAUAAACUGGCAGCUGGCCAUUCAGACUAAUAAUCUCUAUCAUGCUUAACUCAAUGUGUGGGCCGUUUGUUAAUGCAGUGAGAUGUAAGCCUAUUGUUUUUUUACCCAUGUUAUGCACUGUCAACAGACCAUGGGUUCAGUCGUGCAGGAAAGAAGUUCUCAGGUUUACUAGCCCUUUAAAUAGGCUACAGGCUUAAUGUGAAUUCCAGUUGACUGCUUCAGUUUGGAAAUUCUAGAUGCAUUCCGGGGCAUGGAAUUUGAAGUUCUAGUCAUAUGUGGGAGAAAACGGGAUAAUUUAUCCAGCCAUGUAUUAGAAUAAAAUGUGUGUCUUUUUAAAGCACAAUGCUUGUUUGAUUUCUUUCAUUGCCAGGAGAAACUUUUUUAAACCUAUGGUAGUUAUACAAUAGUUAAGGACACAGCAAAGAGGGAAAGUGUGCAUUUAUGAGUGCAGAACAGUAGUAGCAUCAGUAUUGACACAGCAGAUUCAGUCAUCUGUAUAAGAAAUCCUCCUUCACUGUGUGUAUACAUGCAUGUACUCAUGUGGGUAUUCGCGAGAGAAAGAAUUGCAAGAAACCAUUUUACUGAGUGAGCUAUUUGUUUAAGAUAUUUGCUUGCUAAAGAAGGAAGUGUGAUGUUUCAGCUGCGAUUAAAAAGGAUUUUUUUGUGAAAAAA